GGUUCGCUUUCGGAUUCUUCGUGCCCGUUCGUGUCAGGUAGAGCUUCGCCGUUCGGCUUUGCUGGUACGCGGGGGUAGAGCUUCGAACAAGUCGCUUGCCAUUGCCUGCCUAGGGUUUGCUUUUCCCUUCUGCAUGAAGCUUCUCCGCCUCCUCCUCCGACGUUGUUCCUGUCGGAUCCGAAGUCGCGCCGGGAGCUCGCCGCAAAGGUAACGAUAUUUCUGCCCUUUCGCGCGCUUCUUCGAUCGGGUUAACGAAAUCCGCAAAAAAGGCGGAAGAGCUCGCUGGCUGUGAAUGCAACUUUCUACCUUUCGCGCGCUUCUUUCAGGCAAAUCCCAUAAAUCCGCCGAACCGAGGGAUUUAGUAAAUCCGGGAUUUAAGCCAUAAAUCCGUAAAUCCGGGAUUUAGCCAUCGCCAGGAUUUAACGUGCGCACAAAAACCGUUUGGCUGGAUUUAGUGUAAAUCCAACUUAAAUCCCGCUGUAAAUCCGAUACCAAACAGCCCCUUAGGGUUAUGAUUUGCGGCGAGCUCCUCCGCCUUGUGCGAUCGAUUCAGGAACUUCCCUUUUAGCGGACACGACGGCCACGAUUCCAUUGAUUGUCUCUCCCAUCGUGCGCAAGUUCGCCCUCUCCAAAUUGUGCGGACAUUCUUUGUUAUUUGGCUCUUUCGGUCUCUCACUCUCAAAAGUACAUUUCUUUUCAUGAUUCUUAUGAUUUGCUGUCUAUAUUUGAAAGUCUCAAGUUAAUGAUUCAGUUGCCUUAUGGAUACUCUGGAACCAGUUCAGAAUCGCAAUAAGAGGGACAUUGAGGAACACAUGGAUGUUAGGCAGAGUAGAUACGAGGAUGAUGAUGACUGGGACAAUAUUGAGCGGAAGAAGCACCGAUCAAGCAAGUUACCGAGAUUUAAUGCUGCAGAUGUUGAGGAGCAGGACAGUGGCAGAAAGAAGAGUUCUGGAGAUAAGGAUGAAGGAAGAAAGAAGUCAGGAGGUUUAAUUCAAGCAGAUACUGCUAAUGAGGAUGACUAUGAAACUAAAAGGGAUUCACGCGCUAAAAUUGCGAGGAAGAAUGCUGUAGAGAGAUCUGAGGUGAGAUCAAAUGAAGGCUAUCAUGGUAAAGAUUUGGAAGGCAGCCAGAAAAGAAUUGAUGAUCAUGUUGACUCAAAUUCUUUGAAGAAGACAAAUUCAAGUCCCAGACAUGAGAGCCCGGAGGGCAAGGGAAGAAUCAAAGUGGACAAUCCCCCUGAGGGUGAAGCUGAGAAGGCCCAGGACCGGGAAUCCAGAUAUUCUGAUAGAAAAGAGAACACUAGAGAGAAGGGCCACAGUCAACGUGAGCAAGAAAGGAAUAUUCCAACCCGAAGGAGAUGGGAUGAUAUGGGUUAUGGGAGGAAAACUGAUGAUGGCAUUUAUAUGGAUGGAUCUGAUCCAAGGGGUGGAAAAUCUUCCGAGCAAGGGAAUCUCAAGGACAGAGCGUCUGAGCCUAGAACUGACUCAGGUCACACUAGAGGCCGGAUUGUGGAAUUCACUGGUGAAAAGAGUGUUGCUGCUAGCAGCAGAGAUGGAAAGAGGGGAGAUGUAGAGAGAAAUCGAGGCCUACUAGAGACACAAGGUGAUGAUCAUAAGGAAAUUGCUGAGUUUUUAAGACAUGAUAAGCAGGCUAAGGUACGAGCAAGAUCUCCUGCAUUGACUGAGGAAAUGGAAUGGCAUAGGUACAGUGGCAAGUCACAUAUUGAGAAAGAAGAGAAGCACAAACAACAAUAUGAUGCUCUACAUGGUAGUCAUGAUGAGGUUGAAAUCAUGGAGAGGUCUGAUGAAGAUAUACAACCACGGAUGAGGGACAAAAAUGGGAGGAACGGCAGGUAUAAUAGAUCUCCGAGUCCUGAAGGAAGCAGAAGGUAUUCCAAAGAUAUGGAAGAUCAUGAUAAAGGCAUAUCUGAAUCCGAUACUGAAAGAAACACUGCUGUUAAAGGCAAGGAUUCUCUCAAGGAUAACAGAGAUUUUAGGACUUCUAAGGGAAAAGAUGCUAGCUGGAAUGAUAGAAAUGUGGAUCGGGAAAGUUCUAAAGAUUAUUGGAGAGGUCAGUCUAAGCAGGACACUAAAGUUGUAAAUGAGUUUGAUAACAUUAGGGUAUGGGACUCACAAAGCCAUGAGCUGGUUAAAGUGGAUGGUGAUAAGCUUAAUUUUCGUCCUGGAUAUAAGAAAGACAAUAGAGUCAGGGGUGAAGGUGGUAGAUUUGAUAACUCAGAUUCAAUAGAGAUCAAGCCUAACCAUAAUCUUGAUUUUGUGAGUGAUGUGUCUGUUUCAGCAUUUUCCAUCAGGCGAGCUGAAGUUGGGUCAGCGCAUGAUAGUUCUGGGGCUGCAAAUGACGAGGAAUGGUGCUAUCAUACUGAUGAUAAGGUUAAAGUGGGGUAUGGUAGCAGUGAUGAUUUGCAGGAAAAAUUUUAUGAUGGUGUUGAUUCACCAAUGGAUCAAAUAUCUGGUAGGAAUUCCUUUGAUUCUCAGGGUGGGAAAGGAAGAGGUCUGAAGGGGCUUGUAAACUCCAACCGUGUAGGGCAGGGCCCGAAUAGUAGUACCUCUUCUCAAGCUCCAUUUGGAUAUAAUCAGGGAUCCAGUUCUUUCAAUAGAAUUUCUCAACAAGGGCAAAAGGGUGGCAAAGCUGUCAGAGGUGGAAGGGGAAGGAUGACUGGGAGGGAUGUUCAACGUGGCGGUCUUCCAAUGCAUAUGAUGGGUCCUCCGUUUGGUCACCUUGGCCUUCCUACAGGAACAAUGCAAUCAAUGGGGCCAAAUAUGCCCCCUUCAGUUGGUCCACCUCUUGGUCCAGGUGUUUUCAUUCCUCCAUUUGCUGGGCCUCUUCCUUGGUCUGCAGGUAGAGGUGUUGACAUAAAUAUGCUAGCCGCUCCGCCUAAUCUUCCUCCCAUUCCUCCUGGUCCGGCAGGACCGAGGUUUGGUCCUAAUUUGGGAGCUGGCCCAAAUCAAGUCAUGUAUUUUAAUCAACAGGGAUCUGGAAGGACCAAUUCGAAUUUGUCUGGACCCGAGUUCAAUGCCAAUGGAGCAAAUGUUCGUGAAACAUCAAAUGAUAAGGCUCCUGCAGGUUGGGGCCAAUCCAGAAUAGGCGGGCCUUCUGGUAAAGCUCCUUCAAGAGGAGAGCAGAAUGACUACUCUCAGAAUUUUGUUGACACUGGUAUGAGGCCGCAAAAUUUUAUCAGGGAGUUGGAGCUCACGAGUGUUGUGGAGGACUAUCCUAAAUUGAGGGAACUUAUUCAGAGGAAAGAUGAAAUAGUAAUCAACUCUUCUACCCCACCUUUGUACUACAAGACUGACUUACGUGAAUUUACCCUUACUCCGGAAUUCUUUGGUACCAAAUUUGAUGUUAUUCUAGUUGAUCCUCCUUGGGAAGAAUAUGUUCACCGAGCUCCUGGUAUUACUGAUCAUAUUGAGUAUUGGACAUUUGAAGAAAUACAAAAUCUUAAAAUUGAGGCUAUAGCGGACACUCCAUCAUUUAUUUUCCUUUGGGUUGGUGAUGGUGUUGGCCUUGAACAAGGUCGUCAGUGUCUUAAAAAGUGGGGAUUUCGAAGAUGUGAAGAUAUCUGUUGGGUGAAAACAAACAAAAGAAAUGCAACUCCUGGUUUACGGCAUGAUUCUCACACGUUAUUUCAGCAUUCAAAGGAGCAUUGUUUGAUGGGCAUUAAGGGUACUGUUCGUCGUAGUACAGAUGGCCAUAUUAUCCACGCUAACAUUGAUACUGAUAUUAUAAUAGCUGAAGAGCCUCCUGAUGGUUCAACCAAAAAACCUGAUGAUAUGUACAGGAUAAUUGAACAUUUUUCUCUUGGUAGAAGACGGCUUGAGCUCUUCGGCGGGGACCAUAACAUUCGUCCAGGCUGGUUAACUCUUGGGAAAGGUUUGACAUCCUCAAACUUCAAUGCCGAGGCUUAUCUUAAGAACUUCACUGACAAGGAUGGAAAGGUUUGGCUGGGAGGUGGUGGACGAAAUCCACCUCCUGAUGCUCCUCAUUUGGUUGCCACUACUCCAGAGAUUGAGAGCCUCCGACCAAAAUCGCCUCCGCAGAAGAGCCAACAGCCUCCAUCCAUGCCAUUAAUGAGCAGUUCAAGCAUCAGAAGACCAUUAGGGAGUUCCCCACAGAACCCCUCAGUCUCAUCUAUCCCCAUCUUGAACCAGGAUACAUCAACAUCUGAGUCAGGAGCUUUGGCCCCUCCUUGGUUAUCUUCGACCGGCGGUUUUAGGGAAUUGGAAAACAGUCAUAUGGGAAGCAAUGGCGAUAAAUAUGAAGGGUAUGGUCUUAGUGCUACAUUUGGUCAAGUUGUUGGAGAUCAUAUUGAAUUUGAUCCUCAAAGAACAGUUAACCUGAACAUGUAGUUGCAGGUAAUGCUUUACUGAAAUAGCAUAUAUUGGUUAUUAUUAUGGUUUUUUGGGCACUUGUAGAGCAAAGUUGUGUCAACUCCUUUAUGAUCAUGAAGAGGGAAUCAUUUAUUUGUAGAAUGAUAGUGAUGCCUUGUUAAUUUUCUAAGUUUAGGGUUUAGAUAUGCAAAUGUGGCAUCUCUAUAUGGAAAAAUGGGAACUUUGUUGGUGUUCUUGUACAUCCUUUAACGCUGUAGAAUCCUGAAUAGCAUGUCUUAAUGCCUAAGUCUUUAUGGAUGUAAUAUGCACAUAUGUUGUUACCAUUUACUUGUGCAGGUAGAGCCUCUGCUAUUUUUGUCA